AAUAUUUGAUAUUGUAUUUGGUGUAUGAUCUCUCUAGAUCCGAUUAGACCCAUUUGUGUCUCGUCCAAAUAGGACCCUAUUCACCCAACCCAAAUCCAAAACCAUUAAAAGUUCAUAUUGGUUCAUAUGGGUCCGAUCUAAUUCUUAUAUGGGUCAUGAGAAGUUUUCAAAUUAAAUUACCCAAUAAAUCUACCCGUGACUUUGUCUACUUUCAAGAUUGCUUGCAUAAAGAACAAAGAAGUUCACUAUUUAUAUCAUUUAAUUAAUUAAUAAACUUGUACAAAAUCAUGGAUCACGGGUACUGCUGCAAAUCAAUGAACUAUCUACAAGCAACAAAACCAUUAACAAACUAAAAUUUGUAUUUUCCUUUGAUCACUGUGAAAUAUCCGGGUGAUGUAAUACAAAGAAAAUUUUCUAAUCAAUAAUAUGUUGGAAGAAAAAAAGCACUGUUUCAAAGUGCUAAGAGUGUGUCCCAUAAUUUCCAAGAUAUGAAAGUGGUUAGUAUUUUCCACAUAGUGUCAAGACGAGUGGCAGGUUGGCGGAUGUGAAAUUUCCUCAAAGACCACGGUGGUUGUGAAUGUGUGGAGAUAUGAUCCUAGCUCGUUAUUGUGUAAGAAGCUGAGAAAUUUUGGGUGGGAGAGAUUUUCUACUAGCAACUUCAGUUUAUACGACGCGACUUUUUAAUUUUUAUCAUUUGAGACGGGAAGAAGAAUGUGUUCUGAAAUGACAUUUCGAUUGAUAGUCGUUGAACUUUCUCUCCCUACCUUGUUAUACCAGUUUGACUGAAAACUCCCAAAUUGAAUCAAGCAGGAAAAUUUAUGUGUGCUAUGACUUGAAGACAGAUUAUUUGUUGUUGAUUCGAAGUCAUAGGCUCUCGUUGUCCGGUUAGCUAGUCGGAGUUGAGAGGCGAAGUACCUGGUUUUGGAGUUCGGGGGCAACUUCCAGACCCACGGAUCACGGUGUAUGAGCUUAUACACGUUUGUUUGUCUGUCUUGUGUCUGGUUUGUAAUAUUUUAUUUUUCGAGUUGGAUUAGGUUAGGUCGUCUGGAGAAGGGACUAUAUAUACAUUCUCAAUUGUUUGUACUUUGUAAUAUGUAGUAUAUUAUAUAUAUAUAUAUAUAUAGUGAAACUAGCUCUCUCAUGUCCGUGGACUAGCUUAUAUACACAUUGUGUUAAUGAACCAAAUAAAUUUGUGUAUUUUUUUUUAACUUUUUUACAUUGUCGAUUUCCUGAUAUUGUUAGAUAUGGAUGCAAUAUUGAGAAAUAAUCUGGAUGCUGUUUAUCAUAAUAUGCAGUAGCAGCCAAUAAGCUAAGAGCCAAGCUGAAAGGAUGAUAUGCAUUAUUAGGUAUGUCAAUGUGUGUCUAGUGGCUAGCUUCAUGAUGUGUUGUUUUUUCCAAUAAUGAGAAGAAAGCUGCUUCUAUUUCAAGUUGUGUUUGUUUAUGUUAUCACUCAGAUGUCGUUUAGGUAUGGUGUUUUUAGUGAUUUUCAAAGACAAAAAAAACCAACAGAUAUCCAAUUCUUUUGAGAGAUCUUGUCCAAAUAUCUCUUAAAGAUUGCAUAAUCAUGUGUUAUCGGUACAAUCAAGAAUAAGAACGAUAUAUACUUGGAUUAUUUGAUGGGGUUUAUAUUGGGAGCGGAUCCGAUCAUUAAUCUAAUUUAUUUACUGAUUAUGUAAAAUAAAUCAUCCAAUAGCAAAUUAGUAUCUCAUAAAAUUGGCAUUAGGUUGACACACAACAAAUCACGAACACUUUCAAUUAAUUAAUUAGCAAAAACAAUAACCAAAACUCAAUCAACCAACACAAUAAACACACCAUAAUAUAAUAAUAGAAUAUUGAUACGCAAGCCCAUUACUUGGUGGUCAAUUAUGACCGCCCUGCAUGAAACAUGUGCCUAGCGGUAUUUUUUAACUUCAUAUAAUGCACAACUUUGCCAACAACCAUCAGAUACCACCAUAUCGGGAAUACAAUUAAUUAAAGGGAAAGCCAAACUUUCGGUUCGGUUCGGUUCGGUUCAAUACAAUUUCGUUGUUUUGAUUAUAGUACUGUUCUAACAACGUAAGUACAAUUCAAGGUUCAAAAAGACGCUAGGCGUAAGGCGGGCGUUGAGUCUUUGCCUUGCGCCUAGCUCGCCUAGGCGUAGACUAAGCGUGCCUAGGCGUUGGAAGAAAAAUAGUUAUUCGCACUACAUGAUGAAUGAAAUAAUAAUCUAUAACACUUCUUCACUUUAGUGAAAAUGAUUAAUAACUUACACAACACUUAAUGACAAGAACAUAGCUCACGAAUUCAUAGAAUCAUAGCUCAGUAGCUCACAAAGUUCUUCAACUAUUGAAAAUAUUGCAAUGGAAAAUUGAUUUCAUAGUUUAUGUUAAUUUGGUCUUUAAUAUUGACUUCCUAGCUCCAUCUAGUAAUGUUUAGGAGAGACUUAUAUGUCGCCUUACUUUAUUGACGUGUUCCAGUAUCUAAUUAGGCGCGAAACUCCUAGGCGAGGCGUUUGCCAUUGCCUUGUGCCUAGGCGUGCCUAAGCGUAAGGUUAAGCGUGCUUUUUCGAACCAUGGUACAAUUACAACACUAUGAAAACGAAAACAUAAAUGCGUUUAGUUGGUAAUUCUAAGAAAUUACGAAAACAAACUUUUUUAGGGUAUUUAGUUACUUUAUUAGGCUCCAUUUAGUCUUAAAAGUAGAAAAAUAGUGUGAGGAAUAGUGUGACAUGCAUGACAAGUUAUGAGAACAAUGAAGUGGGAAAAGGUUAUGAAAAUAAUAUCAACAAUAAAGUUUUCGUGGAUGAGUUAUUUGAAAUUGGAGAGGCAGAAAAUAUGCACAAAGUGAGUCUAUUAAGCUUUGAUUGUAAACUCUUUCUGAUGACAUUGUUAAAAAAACUUAUACAAUCUCACAAGAAACAUUUUUCUCGAAACAGUAAGGAAGCUACUUAAAGUUGUUUGAUUAUUUUCUAGCUAAUUUUUACGAGAACAGAAACCGAAAAUGAUACUAAGCUAUGCCUCUACUCUUCAAAUAUAACAUAUGUUGAUUCGUAUUAUGUUCUGUAAAUUAUUUCAAGCGCGAAGAAAAAAUGGGUUGAAAUCAAAUUUAAAACCGGACCAAAUCGAAUCAAAUAAAACAAACAUGUAUUUCAUCCGAUUGAUCCUUAUUCUUUCUUUACAUUUGAUCCGAUUAUAAACCGAACAGACCGAUGCCCACCUCUAAUCUUCACCAACUCUAUUUAAUCCCCCCUCCCACUCCCAUACCUCUCACUCCAAAAAACCACCUCUUAUCACUAGUUCAAGUCCCAUCUCCAUCAAUUCUCCUAAAAUGGAGCUCCUCCAAAUACUACCACUCACCUUCUCCCCACUUCUCCUUACCAUCGCCGCCAUCUUCCUAUUCUCAAUCCUCGUCUCCAAGAAAAAAGCCCAUGCCAGCAAAAACGGGCCCAAUGGCACCACGCACCACAACCUCCCGCCGGCACCGUGGAAGCUCCCCGUCUUGGGCCACCUCCACCACUUCCUCACCAGCGCCGAGCCGCCCCACCGCCGCCUCCGCCAGCUGGCACAAACCCACGGCGACGUCAUGCAGCUGGACCUCGGCGAGAUCAGCCACGUCGUCGUUUCCUCCGCCGAGGCGGCGAAAGAAGUGAUGCGGACCCACGACAUCAAGUUCGCGCAGCGGCCGUUCCACCCUCACCAGGCCAAAAUCAUGUACGGCGGCAUCAACCUCAUCCACUCCCCCUACGGCGAGUACUGGCGCCAGCUCCGCCGCAUCGCCACCCUCGAGCUCCUCACCGCCAAGCGCGUCGACUCCCUGCGCCGCGUCAGGGAGCCCGAGGUGCUGGCCAUGGUCAGCACCAUCGCUGAGGCGGCCCAGUCUACCUCAGGUGAAGCAGCCACCGUCGACCUGACCAGGGUGCUGUUCGGCCUGUCGUACAGCAUCAUAUCGAAGGCCACGUUCGGCGACGUGUCGGAGGAGCAGGAGGAGUUCAUCGCCAUAGCCGAGGCGCUGGUGAGGCACGGCGGCGGGUUCGGGCUGUCGUUCCUGUUCCCGUCGAGCCGGUUGGUGCAGAGGCUGUUUAGUGUGAAGGAGUGGCUGGACAAGAUGCAUGAAGGCACCGACCGGCUGGCGGAGAGCAUUAUCAGGCAGCACAGGGAGAAGAGGGCGGUGAGUAGGAAAGCCGAAGAUGAAGAGGAUUUGCUGGAUGUGCUUUUGAAUCUUCAGGAGGAUGAGACCACGCUAGGGUUCAACUUGUCCACCGAAGCCAUCAAGGCUUUCCUCCUGGAUAUUUUCUUAGCUGGGAGUGAGACCCCCUCGUCGCUGACCGAAUGGGCGAUGUCGGAGAUGAUAAAGAAUCCAGAAGUACUGCAAAAGGCGCAGAGCGAGGUGAGAAAAGUGUUCGGCGAAAAGGGGAGGGUGGAUGAAGCAGGGAUUCGCGACCUGCCCUACCUGAAAAUGGUCAUCAAAGAGACGUUGCGUCUGCACACUCCCGCGCCACUGGUACUUCCCAGAGAGUGCAGGGAGGAGUGUCGGGUCGGUGGGUACGACGUCCCUCUGAAGACCACGGUAGUUGUGAAUGCCUGGGCCAUCGCGAGGGAUCCUCGUUACUGGGGGGACGAAGCGGAGAAGUUUUGCCCGGAGAGGUUUUUGAACACCGAAGUCACCUUCAGAGGUGGGGACUUCGAGUUCCUCCCGUUUGGAGCGGGGAGAAGGAUGUGCCCUGGAAUGACGUUCGGACUGGCGGCCGUGGAGCUUCCCCUCGCCAAUUUGCUGUACCAUUUCGACUGGAAGCUCCCCCAUGGAGUCGAGCCGGCGAAUUUGGAUAUGGAAGAAAUAUUCGGCAUCACCGUGAGGAGAAAGAAUCAUCUGGAGCUGAUUCCCGUUCUUCGUAACCCGGUACCCACCGUGUAAUGCAUACGUUGUCACGUAUGAGACAACUCCGUGACACGUAAAUGUACUUUUAAGUGUUUCAAGAAUCUUUUUAUGGUAAUUGUUCUCCAUAAGCUUAAACCUAAAAUGUGAUUGGAUGAUGUCAUUCACACAUUAUUGUUGUGAAGUACGUUGUUUUUUAGUUUGGUAAGAAUCAAAUGUGUUGUAUCUUAAAAAAUAUUAAAGUAGAUUUGAGGAAAACGACCUUUUUUUAUGUCAAUCUUUGUGUUUUACCCGUGAUUCUCGGCAAUUACAUUCUAAUUGGCGUUUUUUUUUUUACAGGUUCCGCACUGGCAUUACAGUUACAAUGCAGACCCAAUUUGUUAUUAUAGUGUUAAGAUUAGUUCCCGUCAAUACUCAAUAGUAACAUUUUCAUUUGAUCACCUUUUUAAUUUUAAGGUGUUGACCACAAUCAAUGAUGAUUUUAAAGACAAGGAUAAACUUGUCAUUUUCAAAGAUUAUAGGGGGACAGGGGACACGCAUGUGGCGUGCAACUCAUUUAUUCAGCGCGUCCUUCCUGGCCACAAGUAUCAUGAAGCAUAUAUAAAAAAAAACACAUACCAGGAAAAAAUAAUAAAUCACACUACAAAAUUCAUAAAGCAAACCAGAAAACUCAAAGUUGACCACAAAGUUUCCUGAAGCAGACUAGAAACUUCGUAAACCCGCGACCACGAGUUCCCUGAAACAUAUCACAAACUGGAUAAAGCCAACCACAAAUUCUCCGAAGCAGGCGAGAAAUCUCAUAAACCCGACCACAUCAUGAAGCAUACCAGAAAUAUAUGCACCACAUCACAACUCUGACGAUGAAAACUAAAAAAGAACCAGAAACCGCACGAAGCAAGCUAGAAAUGUUAUAGAGGAUGAAAAGGUAAGAAAAUUUUUUUGGUGAAAUACUUUGAUGAUCUAGAACCGGAAUGCGGAGUGAGUGUCUAAGAGACCCACUAGCAUAUUUUGGCGUGAUUGCAUGUGGAAUAUGCGCCUUUGGUCCCCCUAGCCAGCCUUAACACUGAGGUUUUCCUUUAUGGUGAUAAUUGUUCAUGCCCCACUACUCAAUUGACAAACCACUACCUACACUGUGAACCUACACACCGCACUAUUACAAGAACACCAUAUUACAAUCUAAAUCAAGCCUAGGAUUUCCAAGUCGAGCCAAUUCCAUAAGUUGUCUGCAAAUUGAACGAAUCAACUCACCACUCAUGACAGAUUUUCCACCAUGAACUCAUUGGGUGUUUGUGCCUGCGUUUGAUGUCUUACUAGUUCGUUCUCGCUAAUUGGAUGAAGAUUUUUUUAUUAUUUGUAACUUUAUAUGUUGAAACUUGAAUUUGGAAUAUGAAUUCGAUGCUAUAUCUUAUAACUAUUAUUUUAUGUUGACAACGUAGAAGUGUAAUUAAAUUUUAUUGAAUAAUUUACAUUACACCAUAAAAAUUUCACUAAGAAAAAUGCCAGAGACGUUGAUAUUGGUUAGUGGGUAGCUGCCAAACCAACCGUUGAUCGAAUCGAUAACAUGCGCUUUAUUGAUAAGACUUAUCAUUUCGAUUUUAUGCAUAUUUUUUUGCUUCAUGUUUGGGCGAGUAAAAUGGCUUAUUUUUA